AGUCUGUCUGUAGAGUCGAACUAGCUUAGAUCGUAGUUGCAGUUGUUUGUUGAAAAUGGUGUGCGGCUGGUGUAUUGCCACCGUCUUGCUAUCUAUUUUGAUAUACUGGCUAAUUAAAAUCAAUGAAAACUAUAAUAUUCUUGCCUUCUUUGCGCGGAGAGUGCAUACGAAAGAUGGUCGACCCGUAGAGAGUAUAGCGCCCACACCAAAGGGUAAAACAAUCUUUGCAAAUUGUUUUGAUCUAUAUGGAAAAGACGCUGCUGGCGUUUUCCAACAUUCCCGACACUUGGCUAAGGAAAUGGGCACCAACUAUUUAUCCUAUUCCCUGGGUACGGCCAUGUAUAUGAUUAUUGAACCGGAGAUUGUGGAAUUUGUAUUAACCAAUCCGCAACUUAUAACGAAAGGCAUGGUUUAUAAUUUUAUGAAAUCUGCUCUGCGUACAGGUCUGCUAACAUCCACAGGUAAAAAAUGGCACACGCGAAGAAAGAUGAUAACACACACAUUCCAUUUUAAUAUAUUGGAACAAUUUGAAGAAAUCUUCAAAGCGGAAAGUCAAAAGUUUGUCGACAAGUUUAAGGAUCAGUCAGAGAGUGUAAUAUCGUUGACUGAUUUAAUACCCCGAUUUACCCUCAAUAGCAUUUGUGAAACCGCCAUGGGCGUAAAUCUCGAUGAAAUGACGGAGGAGGGCGAUCGUUAUCGUGAGAGUUUUAAACUGGUUGAGCAAUGUUUUGUGAAACGUAUUAAAAAUCCACUGCAGUACAGCGAUACGAUGUAUAAGCUUUUUGGAGCCAAAUAUGAUGCGCACUUUUUAAAGGUUGUGCACGAUUUCUCUAGCAAUAUUAUCGCGAAGAGACGAAUUCUCUUGGAGAAGGAACUGCAGGAAAGGCGUGACGAUCAAUUGCCCGAUGAUGAUAUUUACAUCAACAAAAAGCGUAGAUUUGCCAUGUUGGAUACGCUUAUAUGCGCUGAGAAGGAUGGUCUAAUCGAUCACGAGGGUAUCUGUGAGGAGGUCGACACUCUGAUGUUUGCUGGCUACGAUACCACGUCGAUGGGCUUGACUUUUAACCUCAUGAACUUGUCCCUGCACGAGGACAUGCAGGAGAUGUGCUAUCAGGAGAUUUCGGAGAACAUAGAUGAUGAUUUGAGUAAAUUGGACAUUAAUCAGUUGUCGAAACUGAAGUAUAUGGACCGCUUUAUCAAAGAAACUAUACGCAUGUAUCCAUCGGCUCCGGUUAUGGGUCGUCAGACGACAAGUGAAACGGAAUUGCCCAAUGGACUGAUUUUGCCUCCUGGCACUCAAUGUGUCAUUCAUGUGUAUGACUUGCACCGUAAUCCCAAAUACUGGAAUGCACCCGAACAAUUUGAUCCUGAUCGUUUCUUGCCAGAGAACAGCAUGGAUCGACAUAAUUUUGCCUAUGUGCCAUUUAGUGCCGGUCAGCGGAAUUGUAUGGGUCAAAAGUAUGCCAUGUUGGAAAUAAAAACGUUAUUGAUCUAUAUUCUGAAGCAGUUUAAGAUUUUGCCAAUUACCAAAGCUGAGGACCUUAUUCUUCAUAGUGGCAUAACGUUGUGUGUUAAAAAUGAUGUUAAAGUUAAGUUUGUAGUGCGUAAAUAAAUAUGAAGUUCAAAAUA